AUGCUUAAUAUGGAUCAACAAGAAAUUGAAGAAAUACCAAUAUUAGUUGCAAAUGAAACAACAGAUAUCAAAACUGAAACUCUAAGUAAAGAAAAAUUCAAACCAUUUUCAUCAACUCCAAAUACCACUAAAAAGAUACCAAUAAGUAUUAUAACAGGUUAUUUAGGUUCUGGUAAAUCAACUUUAUUACAACAAAUUGCAAAAAAUUCAAAUAAAAAAGUUGCAAUUAUUUUAAAUGAAUUUGGUGAUUCUGCAAUUAUAGAAAAAUCAGUAACUAUACAAGAUCAAUCAGAAUCAGUUACUGAAUGGUUGGAUAUUGGUAAUGGAUGUUUGUGUUGUACUGUUAAAGAUACUGGAGUAUCAGCAAUUGAAAAUUUAAUUGAAAAUUCAAAAGAUAAAAUUGACUAUAUUCUUUUAGAAACCACUGGUAUUGCUGAUCCUGCUCCCAUAGCUCAAAUGUUUUGGUUAGAUAAAGGUUUAGCUUCAAAUAUUUAUAUUGAUAGUGUUAUUACUGUUGUUGAUUCAAAAAAUAUAAUUAAAUCUUUGAAUGAUAAAGACGGUCAUUGGCAUGGUGAAGGUGAAUUAAUUACAACUGCUCAUUUACAAUUAGCAUUAGCUGAUGUUGUAUUAUUAAACAAAAUUGAUCAAAUAGAGAAUCAAGAUGAAGUAUCAAAGAAAAUUCGUGAAAUUAACUCAACUUGUCCUAUAUAUCCAACUAAAUUUGGAGAUAUAAGUAUAGAUAAGAUAUUAGAUUUACAUUCAUUUGAUGUAUAUAAUAUUGAUAUUGCUGGUACUUUUCAUGGUGCUAUAUCUACAAUUUGUUUGAAUUUUCCAUUUUUCAAUGAUGUAUCUCAAUUUGAAAAGUUUGAAAAGUUUCUACAGUAUCUAUUAUGGGAAAGUGAUGAAGAAAUUCAUAGAACAAAAGGUUUACUUGUAUAUAAUGAUGAUGUUAGAGUAGUUCAAGGUGUUAGAGAUACUUAUGAAAUAAUUGAGAAUGGUAAACUACUAGAUUCAGUUACCGAAAACAAAUUAGUUCUAAUUGGUAAACAAUUAGAUGAUGAAAAAUUAAUAAAUUUAUUAAAUAGUUACAUAUAA